CUGGUUCAGAACAGAGAUGAGAGAGCCUGGGGGAGGCACCGCAGGAGGAGCGGCGUAGUGAAGAUUUAUUUGCCUAGAUUACUAUAAGCUUUCUCACGGGUCUGUGCAGUGUGGAUCGACACUCGGUGUGUGAAGGGGAAGCUCUGCAUAGUAACAGGUUGGAGAGAUUCCUUGGAGGACCUGGGUUUUGAUGAGCUUGAUCAAACUGGUGGUGACAGAGGAAUGAAAUGAGGAAGGAAUCUAAAGAAGACUGCUUGUUGUUUCUCUUCUUGUCUGUUUGAGGAUGUUUUCUUGUCAAAGAAGUUGGCUCAGCGCUGCACUCAAGCCGGCCAGUCGUUGAUGGAGUUCUUGCAGGGGAGCGGUGACUACUGCCACGCCCAACAUCUCAGCGCUUGAGCCCAGGCCCCCCGGGGGAGGAUGGCCCUGCUGCCCUGCUGCACCUCCCAUCCCUGAAUGCCCACAGCCAGGUCGCCCUCUCCACCCAGACCCAGCCACCCCCACACUGACUGUAGACUGACCGUCGGACGGCAGGCCCACUAACUCACCAGAUGGGGUAGUGAGUGUCGGGGGCCAAGGGCAGCGUAAGCUAACGGACAGCUACCUCUUCACCCCCCGGCACCUUACUCUUCACCCUCUCCAAACCCCACUCUAUUUCCAGCACCCCAAGACACCCUGGACAGGAGAGACUUGAGAGGACCUUGUAAAGUCCUCCUGAGGUGGGGUGUUGUUGCUGGGGUUUGUUCCUCAGCCUCAGAGAGACUAGCAGGUGUGACCUGCCUGCUUGGCUUCCUGCCUGGCUUCCUGCCUGCUGUGUCAGGACAGUGUACUGUAGCUAGUGGGCUGGGUACUCCUCUGUCAGGGUGGGUGCGGGCCCCUGGGUCUGGGUCGACGUCGUGGCGUCUUCUCCUGAGAGUGGGAUCCUCAGUGUGUCCAGAAUGAACCGUCCAGCUCCCCCCGUUGAGGUCUGCUACAAGAACAUGAGGUUCCUCAUCACACACAACCCCACCAACGCCACCCUCGACACCUUCAUCGAGGACCUGAAGCAAUAUGGUGCAACAACAGUGGUGCGGGUGUGUGAGGUCACCUACGACAAGACACCUCUGGAGAAGGAUGGCAUCACAGUCAUGGACUGGGCCUUUGAUGACGGUGCCCCUCCUCCCACUAAGAUCGUAGAUGAUUGGCUGAACCUGCUGAAGACUAAGUUCCGUGAGGACCCUGGCUGCUGCGUGGCGGUGCACUGUGUUGCCGGGCUGGGACGGAAGCGCAGGGGAGCGAUCAACAGCAAGCAGCUGACCUACCUGGAGAAAUACCGCUCCAGACAGAGACUGCGCUUCAAAGACCCUCACAAACACAAGAACAAGUGCUGUGUGAUGUGAUGAUGUAGUGUGACCCUGCAGCCCGCCUGUUCUGACCCAUAUAGAACGACUACAUCAACUUUAAUAUUGGACCGACCUACACCCCCCUUUGUAGUGUGACCCCGCAGCCUGCCUGUUCUGACCCAUAUAGAACGACUACAUCAACUUUAAUAUUGGACCGACCUACACCCCCCUUUGAUGCAUUUAGGACUUGACCUGUUGUCUGUCUCCAUGGGGACAGUUAGUUCCCACUGUUCUGUUGGGAUUCUUCUGCUUCUCACUCUCAGGGCUGUUAGACCAUCUUCUCUCUGAUGUCUUUGAAUGAACACAUUCGUCCCCAACUGCCGGCCAAUUGAACUCGUAGAGAGGAAAAGCGAACAAGCCCGAUUUCCAUCAAGUACACACACACACACACACACACACACACUGACAAACUAUUUUGCACUGAUUGUGACAUACUGUGACAUACACACACAGAGCCAUCGACCACCAGACCAACCCCUCAACCAGCAGCAACACUGUCAGCUUGGUCCCAGGCCUGAUCGUUCCUCUUUCCUCCCUGCUGCUUGGUAGCACUGACCCAACCCAAAGCACUGUCAAUGAAACACACCGACCCACCACUAGCUGUCACAACAGGUCUGCAUCACCAUACACCAUGUUAACUGAAAGCCCCUGCUAGCCAUGAUGACAUGAAUGAAAUAAUCAUGAAAAAGAAGAGAUUUUUUGCUGUCUGUGUGUUUUUAUCUCAAUGUUUGAAGAAGAUCCAGUUGAACGUCUUUGUUAAAUUGAAUGCCAUCCACAGAGCUCAGUCAUCUUGCUCCUUGCUCCGGUUUCAUAAUGCAUGGAAGGUAACACUUGUUAGAAUCAUGUCCUUGUCUCCUUCAUUUCUGAGGAUAUGGGGAUGCGGAUGGGACUUAAUAUAGGACAAGGUUUUGUGCUGAGUUGCUGGUUUUUAAAUAGCAAUAUUUUUUACAUUGUGAUAUGAAAUACUCUGGGAUUAGGAUUCUUCACCACUGGCUGCUUCUGUUGUACAACAUGAAGGAUCUCAGUGUAUCAUGUAGGAGUCAGCUGAGCCUGGGUGGGCUUGGUAGGCAACACUGUGUCCCAGAUGGCACCCUAUUCCCUAUAUAGUGCACUACUUUUGACCAGAGGUCUAUGGGCUUCAAUGCCUUGAAAUAUACACACACAUGGACUCGCACUGACCCUAUGGGCUCCGGUCAAAAGUUGUGCACUAUAUAGGGAAUAGGGUGCCAUCUGGGACGCGCAUCUAUGCUUUGGGAACGUAAACAUGACGGUGCACCGUAGUCAUCUCUGGGAUGAAAAACAGCCAACUGAACCGUCUGCUCAGAAAUAACGUCCAGGCUCUGUAUCUGUCAGUGUGGAUAUAGUCACUCAUCUUACCUCGAAAUGGCACCCUAUUCCCCUUUUGUAGUGCACUACUAUAUAGCACACUUUUGACUAUAGUCCUAUGGGCUCUGGUCAAAAGUAGUGCACUAAAUAGGGAAUAGGGUGCAAGACGCGUUCUUAGUUAAUUAAGGACAGGUACUGAAGGAAUGACUCAUAUCCUGGGAAGAAAGCUGUCACAUUUAUCUGCUGCCUUGGAAGUAACCCACUUCAGAUUGUUCACAGUUAAUGAAGUACAAGAAAUAAAGUAAUUGUUAAAAGUA